UGUGAUCAUUGUGUCUAAACGGGAAUAAGUUUACCCAUGAUCCUCUGCGCGGGGAGUCUGCGGCUCAUUCAAAAAUGGAGGAAGAUGUUAGAAAGUCAGAAAGUGAGCGUUGUCAGUCAUCUCUUCCUCAGACGUCUGACCAGCAAACCACAAGCGAAACCAGCGGUCAAGACCCAGAAGCUGACCAAGAUGAUAUCCAAACUAAACUGGACAUCAGUUCGGAUAAGUUUGACCCUCUUCUUGCACUGUAUUCCCCACAAGUGCCACUGCCAUUCCCCAAAAUCAAGUGCUUUAACAACAUAGCAGAAUACGAGAGCUUCAUGAAAGGCGGUCGAGGCAGAGCCAAGCCCGAAAAUGUGGAGAAACGGCUCAGGAAAGCACAGAAAGGCAAAGUAGACCCGGAGAGGAUAGAAAGAUUGAAGAAACUCAUGGUGAACAACCCGGUGGAGGAGGGAGAAGGAAGCGGAGUGAAGCGACCUCCGCGACAGCGCAAGACCGCAAAAAAUGUGCUCACGAGAAUGCCACUGCAUGGAGGCAGUCCAUUAGGAGUACUCAACAGAUGUGUCCAGGAGAAAAUCAGGGUCAAAGUUCACAUACGAACCUUUAAAGGGCUCAGAGGAGUGUGUUCUGGAUUUGUGGUGGCAUUUGAUAAGUUCUGGAACCUGGCAAUGGUAGACGUGGAUGAAACAUACAGGGACCCUCUGCUGGGAGAGGCACUUUACCAUGAGAAAGCACUGACUAUCACAAGGCUGUUUGAAAAGCUGAAAGUGCAAGAGACUGCGGCUCUUGCUGCGGUGGAGAAAAAGGAAGCGGAGACCUUGUCGGGCUCAGAUCCUCACGGUAGAUUACCUCAAUGUUACGAAGAUGCAAACAAAAGGCGUACUGACCCUAGACAAACCCAGACAAGUUCCACAGUCUUGGAAAAAGAUCUGUUAGCUAAAAGAACCUCAAAAGUCCAGCAAACUGAAAUAAAACGUAAGGUGGAAUACGGAAGAGUUCAGACACGUCAUGUCAAUCAACUAUUUAUACGAGGAGAAAAUGUUCUUCUUGUAAACAUGCAACAGGACUGAAAUAUUGGUCGACACUGUAGUGAUCAUCUGGAAAAGAUUUGCUGUGAGUUCUAUUAGUGUAUCAUAUUGAUAUUUAAGUGAGCAAGUGGAAAAAAUACAUUUGAAUAAAAUGAACUGGUUGUUUUUUAGGUUGUCGUCGACUUUUUUUUCAUUAAAUCACCACUAGGGGGAAGCAGUACACCAUUAAAGCGUGCAGGGGAACAUUGUGUUUGUAAAUGAUUUCAAAUAUUCAAUUCCCUAUAUGCGAAAAUGGCAUAAAUCUUUGUCUUGU